CCCAUCCAACAUGUGCUCAGAGCAUCCUGACGGCAUCAUGGGGUGCAGAGUGCUGUGUGUGACUCUGCUCGCCCUCCUCGCAGGCUCCUACGCCCAGCCACAAUGUGUCUUAAUCCUGCCCAACGUUCUCCGCGUGGAAAGCGAGGAGACCAUCAUUAUAGACGCACAAGGACACAAUUCUGCGUUUGAAGCCGAUAUCGAGAUCCAAGACUUUCCUCAGAGAAAAUUCAUGCUAGCCAAAGCCAAAGUUUCCAUCAACAGUGCCAACAAUUACCUGGGGAGCGUCAAGAUGACGGUUCCUAGCAAAGAUUUGCUGAAGGACACAAAGAAGAAACAGUUUGUCUUUGUCAAUGUGAAGUCCCCCGUGUGUCCUCUGGAGAAAGUUGUCCUCUUGAAAUUUCAGAGUGGAUACAGUUUCGUACAAACCGAUAAAACCAUCUACACCCCGGGAUCCACAGUCCUGUUUCGGAUCUUCUCCAUGAACUACAAGCUACAGCCGCUGCCCAGGGUCGUAAUCUACGAAUUCUUGACUCCAGAUGGGAUUAUUGUAAUGAGAGAUAACCUACGUGUAACAGAUUCAGGUAUCAUCUCUGAUUCCUACAAACUACCGGAACUCGUGAGUUUAGGGGUAUGGACACUCUCUGUGAAAUAUGAAGAGUCCCCAGACCAGAAUUAUACCACAAACUUUGAGGUCAAGGAAUACGUUUUACCCAGCUUUGAAGUUACCUUGUUGCCAGAGCAGAGUUUUUUUUACUUUAACGAUGAAACUUUCAAAGUGGACAUCAAAGCCGAGUUCCUCUAUGGAAAGCCAGUGCAAGGCAAAGCCUUUGUACUCUUUGGUGUGAUGAAGGAUGGAGUGAAGAAAGGCCUCCCGGAUACUUUGAAACUCGUAUCGAUUUCUAACGGGAUUGGCGAGUGUGAGCUGAAGAGGAGCAACCUUGUGAAAUAUUUUAAAAAUGAAAACGACAUGCUUGAGUAUAGUUUGUACGUGUCAGCCACCGUCAUCACAGACUCCGGCAGCGACAUGGUGGAGGCUGAGCUGGAAAAUAUUCACAUUGUGACAUCUCCUUAUAAAAUCCUGUUCACGAAAACCUCAAAAUAUUUCAAGCCUGGGAUGCCCUUUGACCUCAUGGUGUUCGUGACAAAUCCUGAUGGUUCUCCUGCACGCCGUAUCCCUGUGGUUGCUACCCCAGGAAAAGUUGAAGGAAUCACUCAGGCAGAUGGUACCACGAGGCUGACACUUAACACCGAAGCAAAAAUAAACUCUCUUUCAAUAACUGUGAAAACGGCGCACCCUGCUUUGUUGCCCGACCGCCAGGCUUCAGAGACAAUGACGGCCAUAGCUUACAGACCGCUGGGUGGGCUCGAGAAUUACCUCCAUAUCGGUAUCGCCGCAGCCGAACUGAAACCUGGACAAAAUCUCGCUGUGAACUUUAACAUCAGGAACAGCGACAUGGCCACGCAAAACCAGAUUGCGCAUUUCACGUACUUGAUCAUGUCCAAGGGAAGAAUAUUAACCGUAGGCAGAGAAUUACGCCGGCCAGGUCAGUCCCUCGUCACCAUGUCGCUACCAAUCACUGAAAACCUCAUCCCGUCCUUCCGUAUUGUGGCGUAUUACAGCAUUCCGACUAGCGCAGGACGUGAGAUCGUGUCAGACUCCGUCUGGGUGGACGUGACCGAUACCUGCGUAGGGACUUUGGUGGUGACUGGUGAUAAAGACAAAGACAAUAAACCUCAGAAACCUGGCACCCAGAUGAAGCUAAAACUGAGAGCAGACCAUGGAGCCAACGUGGGACUGGUCGCUGUGGAUAAAGGAGUCUACGUACUGAACAAGAAGUUCAAGAUCUCCCAAAGCAAGGUUUGGGACUCCGUUGAAAAGUCUGACAUCGGCUGUACUCCUGGCGGUGGUGCUGACAGUGUGGGGGUAUUCUUUGAUGCUGGGCUAGCUGUACAUACAAACUUUAAGAUUUCCACAACUCAGAGAUCAGAACCAGAAUGCCAGGCACCUCGUUUGAGGAAACGUCGAUCAUCAGCGGUGUUGCUCGAGUUCAAAGCCACUAAAGCAUCAAACUACAAAGGCUUACCCAAGAAAUGCUGUGAAGAUGGAAUGAAGGAGAAUCCGAUGGGACACAACUGUGAGCGAAGAUCACGCAUGAUCCUUGAUGGGAAAGAAUGCGUGGACGCCUUCCUGGAAUGCUGCAAUUACUUUACAAAAAAGAGAGACGAAGAGAGACACUUGAAAGUAACAGAUGAUCAGGGAAGAAGUGAUGAGGAUGAUGAGUACUUGCCUGAUGCCGAAAUUGUGUCUAGGACUGAAUUUCCAGAAAGCUGGUUCUGGAAAGUAGAGACCAUGAAUGAGAAGCCAGACCCUAAUGGAAUUUCCACAAAAGUCAUGAAUGUCUUCCUGAAAGAUUCGAUCACCACGUGGGAGGUCUUGGCCGUGAGUCUUUCCAAAGACAAAGGGAUCUGCGUUGGUCAGCCAUAUGAGAUCCAGGUCGUAAAGGAAUUCUUCAUUGACUUGCGGCUGCCGUAUUCGGUGGUGAGGAACGAGCAGGUGGAGAUCCGAGCCGUCCUCUACAACUAUGGCGAGGAUGCUAUUAAGGUACGUGUGGAGCUGACCCACAACCCAGAGUUCUGCAGUCUUUCCUCAUCGAAGAAGAAGUUCCGCCAGGAAGUAAGAAUCGGCCCUCACUCUUCCACCGUUGUCCCAUUCACCAUCGUGCCACUCAACUUGGGACAGCAUGACGUGGAAGUCAAAGCAGCCGUUGCUAAUCAGUUUGUCUCAGACGGUGUCAGGAAGAAGCUGAAAGUUGUGCCUGAAGGAAUGCGUCUGGCUAAAACCAUCAAGUCCGUCACUCUCGAUCCAGAAGGGAAGGGACAAAAUGGAGUGCAGAAGGAAAAGAUUUCGGCAGCGGAUGUAAAGAAUAUUGUCCCCCGUACCGAGAUCGAUACCAUUGUGACCGUACAAGGAACUCCCAUCAGUCAGAUGGUGGAAGAUGCCAUUGACGGCUCCAACCUAAAUCAUUUGAUUGUUGUGCCAGCUGGUUGCGGUGAACAAAACAUGAUCACCACCACGCCAAGUGUGAUAGCCACCCUUUACCUUGAUGCCACAGAGCAAUGGCAGAAGAUAGGACUAUCCCGUAGAGAACAAGCCACCAAGAACAUUAGAACAGGUUACACGAGGCAGCUGACGUACCGUAAAGGUGAUAACUCCUACGCAGCAUGGAUAGAUAGGCCGUCCAGCACAUGGCUCACUGCAUACGUUGCCAAGGUUUUCGGGAUGGCUAAGUCUCUGGUGGAUAUUGAAGAUAAAAUCCUUUGUGGUGCCAUCAGGUGGCUGGUACUGGAGAAACAGAAACCGGAUGGUCUGUUCCAAGAAACGGCUCCGGUCAUCCAUCAAGAAAUGAUAGGUGGAUUGCGAGGAUCAAAAGAGCCAGAUGCCGCCCUCACAGCUUUUGUUCUUAUUGCAAUGCUGGAGUGUGAGGAAGCCUGCACCCCACAUGUCAAUAAUCUGAAGGGCAGUAUUGAAAAAGCCACAAGCUUCCUGGUGGGUCAGUACCCAACGUUACGCAGACCGUAUACUGUUGCAAUCACCUCGUACGCUCUUGCUAAGGCAGGAUUCCUGGAUGAAACAAGGACACUCAUGGCGGCAUCCACAGAUAACACUCAUUGGGUUGAGCAAGGCGCCCACUUCAUCUCCCUGGAAGCCACGUCUUACGCCCUUCUCGCCCUCCUCCGUCUAAAGCAGUAUGACCUAACAGGCCCCAUCGUCCGCUGGCUCAACGAACAGAGAUAUUAUGGAGCAGUUUAUGGAUCCACUCAAGCUACCAUCAUAUUAUUCCAGGCUCUAGCCCAGUAUCAGAUUGAAAUGCCAGGAUUAGGGGAGAUAAACUUGGAUGUUUCUCUUCACCUUCCUGAGAGACAACAACCCUUAACUUACCGCAUUAAUCAACAAAAUGCCAUGUGGGCACGAUCCGCUGAGACCAAAAUCAACAAAGACUUUGUGGUGGAAGCGAAGGGUAAAGGACAAGGCACUCUGAGGGUGGUGACCGUGUAUCAUGCCUUAGUAUCCGAAAAGGAGAGACAAUGCAAUAACUUCGACCUUUCUGUCAAAGUUGAAGAAGUAAAAGAUGAUGCAGUUAAGAGACCGGACGGCUCCUUUUCAUCCGUAUCGAUAGAGAUCUGUGCCAGACAUCUGAAAAAUGUUGAUGCCACCAUGUCCAUCAUAGAUGUCACCAUGCUGACCGGGUUCGCUCCAGACGUGGCGUCACUUAAUAAGCUAACAAAAGGCGUGGACAAAUACAUCUCUAAGUUUGAGAUCAACAAGGGAGCAAGUGAAAAGGGCACGCUCAUCAUUUACGUAGACAAGAUCUCGCACAAAGAGGAGGAGUGCGUGAAGUUUUAUGCCCACCAGAUCUUCAAUGUGGGUCUCAUUCAGGCCGCGUCUGUCACGGUAUACGAUUAUUACAACCCAGAAAGCCGCUGCACAAAAUUCUACCAUCCGGUGGAGGGCAGUAAUCUGCUGGGCAAGAUCUGCCAGGGAGACGUCUGCCGCUGCGCUGAGGAGAACUGUUUCAUGCAGCAGCAUGUAGAGGAACCCAUCACGGCAGAAUACAGAUUGGAAAAGGCAUGCGAACCAGGCGUGGACUAUGUAUACAAAGCAACACUCGUAAAGAUAGAGAAUAGUGAUAACUUUGAUAAUUACGUGCUGAGGAUUCUCCAGGUCAUCAAACAGGGUACUGAUGAAGCCAUCAAAGAUAACGAACGUAAUUUUGUCAGUCACAAAAAGUGCCGUAAUAAAUUAGAAAUGCAAGUCGGACGCGAUUACCUGAUCUGGGGUGUAUCCAAUGACCUCUGGGACCAGCCUUCUGGUUACUCCUACAUUAUCGGAAGAGACACGUGGAUUGAAUGGUGGCCGACGGAUAGGGAGUGUCAGAAUCCGGAGAACCAGGAGCUUUGUGAAGACUUCUUUCAAGUCUCUGACCAGCUUGAGCUGGCGGGCUGCCCAUCAUAAAGACCCCAUUACCUUAACCUUUUCCAGACUCUCCACACCCAUCCCAAAUCCCACUAUGAUGUCUUCCCUGUAAAUGUAUUUUUGUGUUUUACAUUCUAUUAAAGCCGAUGCUUCUUUUA